AUGUGUGCAGGCUCGGCGCUGCGGCAGGAGCACCGGCAGGACUACGGGCAGGAAUUCCGGCAGGAGUUCCACCGGGAGUACCGCCGCUCGUUGGAGCGGGAGUUCGGCCCCGCCGGGACCUGCCCCGGCCCCGCCGUGGCGGAGCGGCUGCGGCAGCGGCUGCAGCAGGAGCCGGCGCUGCUGGGGGCCCUGCAGGAUGAUGCCCUAGCACUGCUGGCCCGGGGACUGCGGGACCACCCCGACCCCGGGCUGGCGCUGCGAGGCCUGGCCGGUGCCUUCCGACUGCUGGAGCUGGCGGCCGUCAACCUCUACCUCUUCCCGUGGCGCCGGGAGUUCGGCACCAUCCAGACCUUCUCCGGCGGCUACGUGCACCUGCUGCGCCCAGCGCUCCCUGAAGCCGACCUGGUGCGGAGUUUGGGCCGGCUGGGCUACGAGCGGCGGGACCGGCACCGCCUGGCCGUGGAGCGGCUGCCCCCGGGGCCCGCGCUGAUCGCCGCCGCCGUCGGCUUCCUGGCCUGCCGCCUGGAGUGCGAGAUCCUGGCGGAGCUGGUGCCGCUGCUGCGGCAGCCCCGCGCCCAGGAGCUGCUGGAGGCGCGACAUCGGGACGGGGGUGCCAAGGGGCGCCCUGAGACGCCGCAGGACCCGGGGAUGCAGUGCGGGGCGGCUGCCGACUGCGGCGACAGCGUGGAUCUCUACCGGGAGAUGCCAGACAGCCCCGAGGACGCGGGGAGCAGGGACAGGGCCCCUCCAGCACUGCAGAGGGACCCGCAGGACAUGCCCGUGAGCGGCUGGGGACGCUGCGAUGGCGCGCUUGGGACAGAGCCUGUGGGCAGCGCUGAUCCGGACACCUCCGCUCACCUCUUCACGGAGUGGGAGGUGGCAGGCACCGGCAGAAGUCCCCAGGUGCAGGGGGAGCCCCGGGAUUGCCCCCAGGACAUGCCAGAGCUGCCCUGCUACCAGCUGCACCUCUGCCUGCGCCGGGGCAUGCUGCCCUCGUACUGCUGCAGCACCUGCCGGCAGCUGCACGCCGGCGCCUGCGCCGUGGCACGCGCCUGCCGCGGCCGGCACCGCGGCCAGGAGCUGCGCGGGGAGCGGCAGCAGCGGCUCUGGCUGCAGCGCACAGAGCUGGACAUGCUGCUGGCCGAGCGCUCUGCACCCCGCUCCUGA